GUUGCCACAGACCCUUCAUAGUUAGCCCCCGGCCCUUUUCCCCAAUAUCACCCCUAACCGUCGUUUCUUAAACCUGUUACUCUCUGUUUCUCUCUCGUUUUUUGUCUUAAUCUCUUAAAUGGCAAACGUAUCCACCGGCAGUGAACAAACCUUCCGCAAAGACACCACCGCCGUCGUCGAGUCCAAUCCAAAACCAAUGGAUUCCGACGCCAAUUCCACCACCAUUAUCACAUAUACCCAUACCAAAGGUGUUGAGACUGAAAACACUGCUGCUAUUAUUACAGCGUCAGACAGCUCUGAUACCAACGGUAACGAAGUCAUUUCUGUUCUGGAAGGCAACAGGGCUGCAAAAUGCGUUGGGAGAAGCAACAAAGGAGUUUCGUGGGGAUACUGCGUGGAGCAAGGAAGGCGGUCGACAAUGGAGGAUGCUGCUGCAGUUCAUCCAGGGAUUAUGCAGGUUUGUUGCAAGGAUGUUGGUGGGUGUACGGCACCCGAGUGUAAAUACGCCAUGGAGAAAUCGCCGGUGCAUUAUUUUGGCAUAUUUGACGGGCAUGGAGGUGACCAGGUGAGUAGCUAUUGUGCAAAUGAACUUUGUGAAAUUGUGGCAGAGGAGUGGGAAAGAGGAAGCAGUUUAGAUGGAUGGAAUAAGAGGUGGGAGGUUGCGCUGUGCAAGGCGUUUGAGAGGGCUGAUAACGCCUUCAAAGAUGAGGCAUUAGCACCCAAGUCUGUUGGAUCAACUGCUUUGGUAGUGUUUAUCUCUGCCUGCCAGAUAAUUGCUGCUAAUUGUGGUGACUCCAGGGCUGUGCUUUGUCGUGGGACACAAGCAAUCCCAUUAACAGUUGACCACAAGCUUGACCGAGCAGAUGAGUUAGAAAGGAUCACUAGUAGCGGAGGUAGAAUUCUCAACUGGGGCUGUUUAAGGGUGGAGGGAGUUCUUUCCAUGUCAAGAGCAAUAGGUGACCAUGACCUGAAACCAUGGGUAAUUUCAGUGCCUGAAGUUACUUUCAUGACUAGGACUGAAGAAGAUGAAUGUUUGAUUUUGGCAAGUGAUGGCCUUUGGGAUGUUUUAUCCAAUGAAGUGGUCGUAAAGUUAGCUCGCAAAGAAUUAAGACAGCAACGGAGGCUAGUUGGGGUCAAUGACAGUACAUUUCCACCUGCUUGGUUUGUUUCUCAGCAGGUUCUUAAGCAAGCUCUUGAUGCAUGUAGUUAUGAUAACAUCUCUGUCAUUGUUGUUGACCUGAAAAAUCUGAGGAAAAGAUGCCAAAAAAGCUUUAAAAGGGAUGUGAACUUGUGAAGAAAGGAAAAGGAGAAGACCACUGAUGUUGAAGAUGAUGAAGAUACAGAGUUGUAAAUGACAAAGUGGUUUCUAACCUGAGAAACUUAAGGCCUGUAUACCUGCCUAUGUUCUAGUAAAUGACUUUCAAUGACAAUUUAGCUUUUCUUAUCAGGACUAUACAUUGGCCUUCUCAAUGGAAGAUUUAAUGGCAUGCUUUUGUAAAGUUUUAGUUUCAAAA